UUUCUCGGCUCUCAUCUGCAAGCCUCUUUAAUACCGCCGCAAGAUGGCAGCCAUGCGUUUCCAUGGACAAUGCUGCCGUAAAACCACAAUCGAAGAAGAAAAAGGCGGAAGCUGGCGGAGCUUCGAGACGACACAAAGACGCCCAGACGGCCAUCAGAAUAAUGGCGUCAUACGAAGAGAACGAACGACAACAAAAUCAACUGGAAGCGGAUGGCGAGAAUCGUGUCAUGUUGAGCAUCCAAGACAUCCAGCAACUGAUUGCUCAUCAAAAAGAAUUUGCCUCUCAGUCACCUGGGGGGAGCUCCAGUUUUGAGCACGAGGAGCCACAGUCCCCCCACAUUAGAGAGGAAGAGAACCAUCCACAGCCUCCCCACAUUAAAGAGGAAGAUGCGGAGUUUGAUGACAGCAAGUUGCCACCGACUGAUGUCUCUGUAAAGAGUGAAGACGAUGAAGACAAACAACCCGAGCGGUCACAGUUUCAUCAGCACAGUCUGUGUGGAGACCAUUGUGACAACCUCUUAGCUCCACUGUCAGACAGUGACGACAUGGAAGAACCUUUAAGGAGGGACAAAGACUACAAAGGUGACAACAAACAGCUGCAAAGCUCCAAAAAAGAGAAAAGUCUUGGAAAAAAGGAAACAUCACAAACGCGUAAAACAUGUUUUACCUGCUCAGUUUGUGGUAAACGUUUUGCUAAAAAAGCAUAUAUUAGACACAUGAGAACACACAGAGAUGACAAAGGCUUUCGUUGCUCAUUGUGUGCUAAAACAUUCUCUCAUAAGUCAUCUGUGGUACAACACAUGAGAACACAUACAGGGCAAAAACCUUUCUGUUGCUCAAUUUGUGGUAAAAGUUUCACUCGAAAAAAGAACAUGUCACAACACAUGAAGACACAUACAGGAGAAAAACCCUUUUGUUGCGCAAGUUGUGGUGAACGAUUCACUCUAAAGUCAAAUAUGGUAAAACAUAUGAGAACACACACAGGAGACAAACCGUUUGCUUGCUCCAUUUGUGGAAACACAUUCUCUCGAAAGUCAAACAUGGUAUACCACAUGAGAACACACACAGGAGAAAAACCGUUUUGUUGCUCCAUUUGUGGUGCAAGAUUCACUGCUAAGCGAACCAUGACAGAACACAUGAAAACACACACCGGAGAAAAACCCUUUUGUUGUUUGGUUUGUGGUAAAACAUUCUCACAGAAACGACAUCUGGUAAGACACACGAUAACACACACAGGAGAAAAACGCUUUAGUUGCUCAACCUGUGGUAAAACCUUCUCUCGAAAAGACAUAAUGGAAACACACAUGAAAAAACACACAGGGGAAGCUCCCUUUAGUUGCUCAAAUUGUGGUAAAAUGUUCUUUAGAAAGGACAAAAUGGAAACACACAUGAGAAAACACACAGAAGAAAAAAACUUUAGUUGUUCCGUCUGUGGUCAAAAAUUCAUUACAAAACAAAAUCUGGUGUCACACAUGACAACACACACAGGAGAAAAACUCUUUUGUUGCUCAACUUGUGGUAAAACCUACUGUAGAAAAGAUUAUUUGGAAACACACAUGCGAACACACACAGGAGAAAAACCAUUUUGUUGCUCAACUUGUGGUAAAAGGUUUACUCAAAAGUCAGUUAUGGUUAGACACAUGAAAACGCACACAGGAGAAAAACCCUUUAGUUGCUUAAUGUGUCAUAAAACAUUCUCUCAUAAAUCACACGUGGUAUCACACAUGAGAACACACACAGGAGGAAAACCCUUUUUUUGCUCAAUUUGUGGUAAAGGUUUCACUCAAAAGUCAGUUAUGGUUAGACACAUGAAAAUACACACAGGAGAAAAACCCUUUAGUUGCUCAACUUGUGAUAAAACUUACUCUAGAAAAGACUAUUUGGAAACACACAUGAAAACACACACAGGAAAAUUAAUCCCCCGAAAGACCGCGGCAUCCGAAGCAGACCCCAUAUUGUUUUUAUAGCAUUUUAUUCUAUGGAAGAGCUGUGUUUGGCUGUGUAAUACACUACAUGUCAUUGUUGUCAUCCUCAUCAGCCUGCAUUUAAGCAUCAUCAUCAUAUUUGUUCAAUUUUUAAUGUUCACUUUCGAUUCACAGUAAUCUCUUUUGCACUGUAUAUGGACUAAGCCCAGUCGUGAAUCCUGAAAAACUAUGAGUAAUUGACAUCCCCCUAAAAUGUUUUUAAAAUCCUAUAUUAAUAUUGAGAGCUGUAAAUAUAGCACAAUCAAGGUUCCAAAAGCAAUUUACUCUGGUACAUUGACUUUUGUAUUAUAUUCUGUGACCACACUUGUAACGAAAAUCAGUCACAUCUCAAAUCACCUGUACCCAUUGAAAAUGAGUAGAAAGGCCAUUCAUCUGUUCCAGUGCCCCCCUCCCCAAAAACACCAACAAAUUUAAAAUGUGUUUUUAAAUAAGAAUUGCACUCUACAGUAUUGCACUCUAAAGAAACACAGUAAUAUCAGAAUGAAAUAAAAAUGCAAAGAAUUAAACAUCACUCAUCCAUCAUCAUCAAGUAUUAAGCAUUAAGCAUCAUGCAGAGAUGUCAACUGUUCCGGUUUGGCCGUAUUUUGUUAUGGCCAGUUGCCAUGUGUUCCGCUGCUUAGGGGAAGUAAAAAAUGUUCCGGAGAGGACUCGACAACAUGCGUGGUAUGUUAACUUGAAGUGGCUAUGCUUGGCCUCUUAAAUACUGUGGCAAGUGAUUGGCUGACAUAAGAUUUGUACUCUACCAACCAAUCAUGGUAAUGUUUGUUGAUGAUAUCCUUCUAUUUUCCUAUUUUUUGCUGACUACGUUCCCAGGACUGUCAGUGUGACGAAUGGUGUAAAUGGUUAAUGCAUGAAAUCUCCUGUUGACACCAUGUCCUUAUGGACUGUUACUCACGUCACUCAAGCAGGGUAUGCUCACUCGGCAUGUGCUUGUAUCGUGUGUGUGGAUGGUAACCUCAAGUGGACAAAUAAAAUACCAGCACCUCUCUGAAGUGCAGUUAACUUAAAUUGGCAUUGAAUUGUGUUUAUGGAACUUAUAAAUCUAUAUAGUAAUUAGCGCUGAAAUCUCUCUUCAUUGAAGCACAACAAGUUUAAAAUACCAUCUCAAAGCAAAAUGUAGUAUUAUUUUUUUGUGCAUUUGGCCCCUGUGAUUAAUUGUGAUUUAUCAGUCCAUCCAUCCAUUUUCUGAGCCGCUUAUCCUCACAGCCCUAAUAGUAAUAUAAUAAAUAAGUGGUUGCUACUUUGUGGAUUUAAUUUACUGUGGGGACUUUCUCGAAUGUAACCUCCGCGAUAAACGAGGGUUUACGUUAUAGUAUAUUAUGUGUACAAUAUCAGAAAUGUUUGUUUGCACAAUAGAGUGCUGAGGUUUUUUACAUAAAUAUUUUUAUUGUAGUUUUGCCAGAUGUUUUUGAGUAGCAUUCGUACAUUAUUAUGUGCAAUUUUUGUACACAAGCUCCAAUACAAAUAUAUCCAUACAUUUUGCACAUUUACUGUACAUCACUAGACAUACAUAAGUACGUCUUCCCCUUAACGAGCACCAGCAUGAUCAUCUACAUGGGUAAACAUGCACCUAUGUAUUUAAACAAAUACAUGCACACACAUUUACACAUUAAACCCACAUAAUCACAACCACCAUAUACAUGAAUAGCAAAGCAAAGCAAAUUUAUUUAUAUAGCGCAUUUCAUACUUAAGGUAACUCAAUGUGCUUUAUAUGAUUAAAAGCGUUUAAAAACAAAGGAAAAUAAACAGCUUCUAAACAUUUAAAACAAAGAGAAAAAAAUAAAAGUACAAUUAAAACAUGUUAUAGUCUAUGCAUUCUGAGAGUGCUGAGUUUUGAUUUUGACUUUUGAGAUCUGCACAAUAAAUCUUCCGUAUCACAUUUUACAUAUAUUUUCCCCUCAAUUUAGCUUUGCUAAAGGAUCAUACAACCUGUUAUUUCUAAUGUCAUUCUGUAAAUGAAACUCACUAUAUAGUUUUAUAUUUAGCAAUUUAGCACCAAGACAUCGUACUGAAUAAAUCAAAACUGAAAUAAAACAAAAAAAUCCAUAUUUUGUCACUCAGCUAUUCAAAGAAAGAAAAUCUAAUAAAAUUAUAAAUAAAAAGAUAAAAUAUUAAUGUUGUUCUGGUUUUUCUUGUGUCAUGUGUUUGUUUUGCCUGACAAAAAUCGAAAUGUUCCUCACAAGUGUGUCACUAGGUGUUGACGUUUCUGGUGGCAUGGGGGGGAUUAUUGAACGUUGCCAGGUACACUGCUGCUGUAAAAUCACCAUCGAAGAAGAAAAAGGCGGAAGUUGGUAGUAUAUGUAACUUUGUAUUUGUAAAGUAUGUAAAUUUUCUAUAAAGCUAAGAUUGUUGGCUUUUAUAGCAAUGUACAGUAAAACCAUCUUGUUUUAAAAUUGUGCAAUUUUUAUCCAUCCAUCCAUCCAUUUUCUGAGCCGCUUCUCCUCACUAGGGUCGCGGACGUGCUGGAGCCUAUCCCAGCUGUCAUCGGGCAGGAGGCGGGGUACACCCUGAACUGGUUGCCAGCCAAUCGCAGGGCACAUACAAACAAACAACCGUUUGCGCUCACAGUCACACCUACGGGUAAUUUAGAGUUGUCAAUUAAUGCAUGUUUUUGGGAUGUGGGAGGAAACCGGAGUGCCUGGAGAAAACCCAUGCAGGCACGGGGAGAACAUGCAAACUCCACACAGGCGGGGCCGGGGAUUGAACCCGGGUCCUCAGAACUGUGAGGCUGACGCUCUAACCAGUCGUCCAUCGUGCCACCUGCAAUUUUUAUUUAUUUUCUUAUUUUCUGACAUCAUUCACAGAGCACCGUGUGUUGUCCAAAAGCUGAUAUGAAGAAGCUCACUAUAUAAUACAUACAGUGUAUAGUGCAACCCUUAUACGGGGGGUAGGAAAUGAGUGAAUGAUUUAGGACAGUGUCCGAAAUCACUCACCACCAUAUAGUGCACUAAAUACAUUAUUAAAACGAGAUGAUUUGACUGUACAUUGCUAUAAAAAUGUCAACAAGUGAAGCUUUGUUGAAAAGUUACAUUUAUACGAAAGAUUCACUCCCUCCGUCUGCGACCCAUCAAGUCGCUUUGUUCACUGCUUUUUUCAAGGCUUUGUGGGAAAUUUUAAGUGCACUAUAUAGGGCACUAAAUUGAUCGCUACCGAACAAUGCAAACUAAAACAAGCAGCCAUUCCAACAGCUUCUUCCAUCUUGUCAUUAACUUCUUCAAGUUAACUUACAAUUCCACUGCAACAUGCCAAUUUUGUCUCGAGUUUGUUGUCACAUCUCUGUCGGGCCAGUUAUACAUUACUCGUGCACUCACUGUAGUAGUCUCGCCACACUGCACAAUUUGCAUAUCUGUUGUUGUCCAAUGCUGGCCACUCAUAUGCCUGAGUAGCAUCUGCACCAUUUGCACAAUCGACUGAGUAGUAUCUGCAACAUUUGCACAACUGACAUUGUCCCAGAUUAUCGCACUACGAGUCACUUUAAACUGCAUACAUUUCUUGAAUUCUCUGCGCCCUUUGCACAACGGUCAUUGCACCUGACUAUUGUUCUAUUAGUCAUUUCAAACUGCUCUAAUUGCUAGAGGACUCUGCAUCUUUUUGCACAAUUAAUAAAUAAAUGAAUUAUCGGCAUUACCACAUUACUGGUAACUUUUUUUUUUUGCUCAGUGACUGUUUUUUUGUCUGUAUGUCUCAGAAGUAUUCUCUGUCAAUUGACUGUCUGUUGUCGUACUAGAGAGGCUCCAAUUACCGGGGACAAAUUUCUUGUGUUUUUGACAUGCUUGGCAAAUAAAGAUGAUUCUGAUUGUUAUCACUAUGCGUUUGGGCAAGUGACCGUCAGUAUGCCUACUCACUCCAAGUGCGCAAGUGCAUACAUGCUUCGAGUUCCUAAUGUUCAAUGAAUUAAGAAUGUAUUGUUAAAAUAGUCACGGGAACUGUUUUAUUACAUUUUGUUUUAUACGUGCAAAAUUCAGUUUCACUGCCUGUUUUAAGUGUAUGGCUUUUAUUUUGAAAGGUAGGUAUCUGAGCUCACCUCUGAGCACGAAUGAUUACUUACAACGGCAAACAAAGGUAACGAAACGGCGAGGAAAAGAGAAGAGUGACUAAUGAAACCAAAUGGCCUGUGAAAUAUAUUCAUUUCUCAAGCUACCCUCUGAUGAGGCCCAAGCUCUAACAUUAGUUUGAAAACCUUUAAAA